CCCUCUGUUAUGCAUAUAAUGGGCAAGUAUCAUGUACAGUUUCUAAUCGCAUCAUGUCUGACGACGACACCUUCAGGAAUUCGGAUCCGUUUGACAAGGGCUCAUCCAUUCGGAGGCUCGUCAUUUUUGGGUCCGUUUUCUCCAUUCUUGUUGGCCUUGGCUUUAUCGUUGGUGGUGUUUACAUGUGGAUCUUCACGUUAUCGAAUCAGAGCCACGUUCAUGGUCUACUGUACUUCAAGUGCCAUGUGCCCUCUGAGGUACCCAGCCUAGCACUGAAUCUGAUUGUUACUGUAUGCACCGAGUGUGCUGGGGUAGUGCACUCCAGGACCUUGCGAUUCGCACUAUUUCAAGAACGCCGUGCCACGUACAACUCGAAUCUGCGUCUUCUGACCGGAUCCGACGAAAAGGCAAUGAACUCCGCCACCAUCAACGGGCUAAUGGCGCUCUUGCUUAUCAUUUCCUACUCGUCCAGCUCUUUCCUCUUUCGAGACUUGGGUCAGUACAUCUGGUCUGUCGAGGCAUGUGGGGUAAUGGCGAUUCCGGCCAUCGUCCUCGGCAUGUCCAUUUUUCUCCAGACAUGCAUCUCACUCUCUGCACUACGGAAUAUAGAGAUCCCGACAUGGAGCACUUCCCCUUUCGAUACCAUACCGGCGCUUCGCCUUAUCCAUCGUCCUCAAUGUUUGAAGAAACAUUACCUCUUUGCAGACACCUGCACAUGUGUUGGCACGCCUCCAGAUACAACAAAACCCAAACACCCCCAGCCAUCUGCAUGGAAUACUCGCAAAGGGGUGAGAAGGGCUAUUUAUUUUUUGUGGGGAUUAGCCAUCAUAUGUAUGUUCUGGGGCCUCUGGGUUUAUCUUAUUCUCCCAGACGGUCCCAGUCGUUCAUGGGCGUUCUUCCCUGGCCCGGAUAAUUACGGGGAAGACGCCAUUCCCGGUGACUACUGGUGGACUCAACAAGGAAUUUCGUUUGCAACAUGGCUCUCACUGUACGCACUCAUGGUGAUUACUCAAGGGAGCCUCACUCUUGGGCUCCACUGCGUAGAGCUUGUUGCAGGUGUAGUGCGAGAUGAGACAAUAUGGAGAGGAGGAAAAGAUGGAUCGAACAGCGGAAUCAAUUCUUCUUGGUUUCGUGCGUUUAUGCUACGCAACUGGCUGCACAUUGUGCUGUUCUGUACCAAGCCAGUUUUGCAUUGGUUAUUUGGUCUCGCCGUUGAGAUAUACAUCUACGAAGCCGUCACCACCACAAAUGUGUUAGAUGGAUACACUGCUGGAAUUGACUUCUACUCCGCCCAGAUAUUCUAUUUAGGGUUCUGUCUCUUUAUCGUUGCCAUUACCUUCACAUUAGCAGCUUGUCACCAUCCGAAGGGAGCUCAGCUAGCUACAUACGGACACAUUAAGACACUCCUGGACCUGGAUAACCGGCAGGAGGCACAGUCUUGUGGUCAUACGGAUGGUGGUUCAUGUCAUCAAUGAUUCAGGGAUGAGCAGGGAACCAAUUCGGGCAGGAAAUGGUUUGCUAGACGCAAACGCACAUGUAAUGGACCUUGGUUCUGUACGCCCCGUCUGUACGCCCCGUUGUAAGCAUGGCUUACCACAUGUGAUUCAGUAUGCUACUCGUUGAUUGGACAUGCCGGACUGUUGCAGUUGUCUUGAUUCAUUUAUACUUGCUGUUACUGUUGUAUCUUUGCCUUACGUUGAAUCUAACUCUCAUACAUAUUCUGUCAAUAGUCUUUAGUUGAUCUCCCAACUUCAUGACUAACGUUGGAGUGGCCUCAACCACUCUAUGGGACAGAUAGAAAGAUGUGCUCCUCUAUGGUACUACACCUGGGC